AAUAAUUGUCGCACUGUAGGCACGGGCAUUUUAAAAAGGACUCCGCAGUCCCCCUUGCUUCCCCCGCCGGCACUUAUCUGCUCCGGCGUGCCGUGUGGCUGUGCGCGCGUUGCUUUGGCUUUGGAACCGAGUCCUUUUGCCAGGAAACCCAAUUCUGCCCUGGUUGGCAGGAUCCCGCCCCCAGGCGCCUGCAAGGGCGCCGCUUACACCGCGCGAGGCGGUUUUUUUUUUGUGGGUGUGGCGGGACAUGCGGCCAGUGUUGUGGGAGAAGUGGCCGGCGCCUGAAAAGCACCCGCGUCUCUGUGAACGAGGCAGUCCUACUCCCGGGACUUCGGCACUGCACUGGGCUUCUCCCCGCGCCGGACAGCCUGCUCCGAGGGCGCCUCCCCAACCCCAUUUCCACCCUGCAGGCGCGCAAAGCGCCGCGCUCCGCAAGGGAGGUUUCUGCCGGGCGCGUUGCAUACAGGGGGCUCCACAACAAGCGCCUCCCUCUUUCCUACGACGACGAUGAUUAUUACUACUACUAUCCUUGUAUGAUUGUUGGAAGGGCGAUUAGGCCCCACGAAGAUCGCCCUGUGGUCCUGCUUGCCGCCUCCCCCCCCCAGUCAGCGGGCGACGCGUGUCCGGUUUUCUCCAGGCAGCUGCCGCCGCUGCUCGUCCGAAGGCGGUGCGCCGCGGCGCGUUCUCGCGACACUUUCCCUUCUCGCUAGCGGUUAUCUCGACGUUGUGGUGAAACCGGCGCCAGCCCGCUAAACGAAGCGAGCCCGUUUUGCAGUAGCGCCUGCCGCCGCCGCCUCGGUUGUCGUGGGAAAGGGCGACGUCGCCACAGCCGCCGCCACCCCUCAGCCUCCCCAUUCCCUUCCCGAGAACCGCCACCGCCUCCCCCUCCGCUCUCGUUCCCGCCCUGGCGCGCGGGCGCGCGCAACCACAUCCACACGCGCACACUCGGCUCUCUCUCUCUCGCAGCCCCAGGUAGAAUUCGGCUGCCUUCGCCCGCUCCUCUCCGCGCAUCCCUCAGAUUUGCAGGUGGCGUGUCAGGUGUUUCGCUUCGUGGUUCUCUUCUUCGCCGCCCCACCCCUUCCUCUUUUUUGCCGCCAGGAAAAGCCUUUUUAUUUUUUAUUUUUGCUUGCGGGGGAAGCUUUUCGGAGCAGGAAAUAAGAUGCAGCGCCUCUGUUCUUGCAACGGGCACUGACUAGCCGAGAGGAAGCCACGAAGAAGAAGCAGCAGCUACAACGGGCGGAGGAGGAGGAGGAGAGGAGGGCAGCUUCCCGUCAUCUGCACCGCCGCCUGGCUCGUCUCCUCUCCCUGCCAGACCUGCAGCCACCUCAAAACUUUCAGCCUGUCUGGCGGAGCCCCAACGCGACAUCAAUGGUGGAGGCGAUAGUGGAGUUUGACUACAAGGCUCAGCAUGAUGAUGAGCUGACAAUCACUGUCGGUGACAUAAUCACCAAUAUCAGGAAAGAGGAUGGAGGUUGGUGGGAAGGACAGCUUAAAGGCAGAAGAGGUUUGUUCCCUGACAACUUUGUAAGAGAAAUAAAAAAAGAAUCAAAGAAGGAAGGUCCUGUCAUCAAAGUACCCGAAAAGUCUAUACAUGAUGUUUCCAAUGGAAGUCCUUUACUGUUGUCUGAGACAAUUAUUAGAGCCUCCAAAAAAGGUGAUCGAAAUAGGCGGAGAAGAUGUCAGGUGGCUUUCAGUUAUAUGCCUCAGAAUGAAGAUGAACUAGAGUUGAAGGUUGGAGAUAUCAUAGAGGUGGUUGGAGAAGUGGAAGAGGGUUGGUGGGAAGGAGUUCUCAAUGGGAAGACCGGCAUGUUUCCUUCCAACUUCAUAAAGGAGCUUUCUGAUUCUGACGAUACUGGAACUGUCCAACAGGAGCAGCUAAUAAAACCAAGAAAGUCUGCCUUUCAAGGGACAAUUCUGUAUAAAGUGGCACCAGCAAAGAUUGACAGCUACAGACGCUAUAACAGUUUGAGAGAUGCUACCGGCUCAGAAAGUGACGGUGGUGAUUCAAGCAGCACGAAAUCAGAAGGAGCUAAUGGAGCAGCAACAAUCCAACCCAAAAAGGUCAAAGGGGUUGGCUUUGGAGACAUUUUUAAGGACAAACCUAUAAAGCUACGUCCAAGGUCAAUAGAAGUAGAUAAUGACUUUCUUCCAGUUGACAAGACAGUUGGAAAAAGAAUACCCACAGCCACAGCAGUUCAGGAGCCAGCGAAAAUAGAAGUGGACAACAGGACAAAGGUAAAGGAAUAUUGCAAAGUUUUAUUUUCAUACGAAGCACAGAAUGAAGAUGAACUGACAAUCAAAGAAGGCGAUAUUGUCACCCUUGUCAAUAAGGAAUGUAUUGAUACUGGCUGGUGGGAAGGAGAACUCAAUGGCAGAAGAGGAGUAUUUCCUGAUAACUUUGUUAAAUUACUUAUUUCUGACUUUGAAAAAGAGAGACCUAAGAAACCACCACCUCCAUCAGCUCCUGCCUUCAAACAAGGAUCAGCUACGACAGACAGAAAACAUGAAAUCAAAAAGGUACCUCCUGAAAGACCAGAAUGUCUUCCUCAUCGAACAGAAGAGAAAGAAAGACCAGAGAGAGAGCAAAAGCUGUUAGAUUUACAGAAGCCUUCUGUUCCUGCUAUACCACCGAAGAAACCUCGACCACCCAAAACAAACUCUUUGAACAGACCUGGUACAUUGCCUCCAAGAAGACCAGAAAGACCAAUUGUGCCUCUGACCCAUACAAGGAAUGAUAUCCCAAAAGUAGAUCUAGCGAGCUGUACAUCGUCCAGCACCUUAGAAAAGGAUUCCACAGAAAGGAGCAAUGACAUCGAUCUGGAAGGUUUUGAUUCCGUAAUACCAGUUGCUGAGAAGCUCAGUCAUCCAACAACUACUAGACCAAAAGCUACUGGCAGAAGACCUCCUUCACAAUCAUUCACAUCUUCUUCACUUUCAAGUCCUGACUUCUUUGAUUCACCAAGUCCUGAAGAUGAAAAGGAGGAACAUGUUUCUCUUCCGCACAAAGUAGCUGAACCAUUAAAGAAAGCAAAGACUGUUACAAUAUCGCUAGUAUCUGAUAACAAAGCUUCACUGCCUGCCAAGCCAGGAGGCUUAACAAGUGGAAGUAAUCUUCCAUCUUCAUUAUCAUCCUCAUCUGCACUUCAUCCAGUUUCAGCAGGAACAACAGGUCAUAGGUCAAAUUCCCCAUCUUUGUUCAGCAGUGAAGGAAAGCCAAAGACUGACCAAUCCAGCCAAGGUGAAGCAGCUUUGGAUGAGUUAAGAACACAAGUGAAGGAGCUGCGAACUAUCAUUGAAACAAUGAAAGACCAGCAGAAAAAAGAGAUUAAACAAUUGCUGUCUGAAUUAGAUGAAGAAAAGAAGAUCCGGCUACGAUUACAGAUGGAAGUUAAUGAUAUAAAGAAAGCUCUUCAAUCAAAGUGAAUUCUGGAUAGAUGGAAUGUUGUAUUAUUCAUCGUGACAGAGACUUUUAUGCCCCAGACAAAAUAACUUUGUGCCAAAUGAUUAAAGAUCUGCCUACACCCCUUUGUUUGAACAACUAGCACAAGAGUUUUAAUAGCACAACACAAAUUCCAGUGAAGAGGAGGAAUUUCCAUGUGGCUUGGUUAUCGCACUGUUGUGACUGAAAUUCUUCUUGCUGUGCUAAAAUCUUCUCUACUUCAAGUUCACAGGCAAUUGAAAACUCAGGCAGUUUAGUUCAUAGUGGUACUAUUUUAAUGAUGUUUUCCAUAAGUAAAAUCUACUUCAGGUUUAUCAGUUUACAGGUUUUAUGAUUUUGACUUUUUAAAUUGUCUUUUGUCACACAGAUUCUUAAAAUGUUUGUAUUGCAUAUAGCCAGAAAUGAAUGUUGAUAUCUGGGUGAGGAGUCCUUUAUUUGUUUCUCUCUCUCUCUCUCUUUCACUCUCUCUCUCUCUCUCUCUCUCUCUCUUUCUUUCUCUCUCUCUCUUGCUUCACAUAGAACAGCUUUAUGUGUUGUUUUAAAUACGAUUACAUAUGCAAUCUUUUGUCCAAAAAUUAUCUACAAGAUGAAUCUUAAGUUUGUGUACAAAUAGUGUAUUUAAAAGGAAAAAAAUGAAGAUAAAUUGGUCUUUGCAAUGAUUUGUGCCUUCUUUUGCCAAACACUGAUUGGAGCUGGUUGUAGACCAGGUCUUAGAAAUGUAGCUAUCACAAUGAGGCCUGACAGUCCACUAGAGGUCACUCUUUCAGUAUUUUAGCUGCUUGCUCCUAAGAGAACAUGUUUGGGGUUUUUUUGUUUUUUGUUUUUGCUAAAGUGGUAUAAUGACCACAGCAUGUUGAAGCAACUUUAUUUCAACAACUGUGGCUUAUUCAACUGAGAAUUCACUGCUGCUUGAUUUCAUUCGAACUUUAAACACUUGCUUUCAUCUCUAGGUUUGCACAUCUUGGGUGAACAGAAUAUGCAUAAUCUAAGAGCAAAAAUGAAUAAAAUAUAAAACAACAAGAGAGAGUUGUAUUAUUUCAUGCACAGAUAUUGUGCAAUAUUAACCUGGUGUUUAAUAUCAAUUGCUACAUCUAUUGUGAACUUCGUAAUGUGGGGAAAUGGUGUGAUUUUUGUAUAAUGGCAUCCUAGAAGCUGGGCUUUCUUUCCUAGGGUUACAGAAAAGCAGUAUUUAACUCAUCUAUUUAUAGAUAGUGAGAAUCUCAGAUUUCAAGGUAAAUUGAGUGUAUGUGCACAUGUGCACAAUCUAAAAAUAGUUCAUGACAAAAACUGUAAUUUCCUAUUUUAAUAAUAGAUUGCAUUAUAAAUACAAUCCUAUGUGUGUCUACUCAGAUGUAAAUCCAAUUCAAUGAAAAUUAUUCCCAGAUAAGUGUGCAUAGGACUGCCGCCUCAUACUUACUGAGAGAGUAAGCCCCAUUGAAUUUAGUGAGACCUACUUUUGAGAAAACACACAUAGGAUUGGUUUGUGUGUUUCCUUGUACAAUUAAGGUAUUUGUGCUGCUGAAACAUCCACUUGUUGCUGUCCAGUGGUGUUUUGGCUCUGCUCUGUGGUCAGAGCUAUGAAGUUUACAUUAAAUAUCACACGGUGACUCUGUUUAUCAUAUCACAUGACCAUUUAGCAUUCUCCUCUCCCCCACCUUAGGAAUUCAAAGUUGUUUGUUUGACUUCUAGUUUGAUUUUAAUUGGCUUGAAAGCUUCCAACAUGAUGGUAAUCUCUAUAAAGAUUUCUAUAGUUCAGUUCCAGGAAGAUGGAACAGCAGGUUUUAGAUUUAGUGAUGCAUCAGAAUCCUUGUGUUAGUCAUGUCUAUUUCUUACUUACUACUUAACUUUAACACAAUCACUAAUUGAACAUUUUUCACUGUGAUACCUCUAUGAUUUUAAAGCUGCAUUACGAUCUCUGUAUUCAGAAAACCAAACCCAUUUUGAUCAAUAUAUUUCCAUUGUGCUUCAAGCAUGAGGAAAUUUUGUGAAAUCAACUCCUUGAUCGUCACAACAGCCAUGUGUUCCAAGAGGUUGGUAGUAUUCUUCACUGUUUUACAGAAUAAACUAUUGCCCAGUCCUAAGACUAGCUAGUGCUUGAGAUAUUGUGCUGUAACAAAUGCAGUGCUACGUGAUUUAGCAUUGUAGUAAAAUAACAAGCCAGCUCAAAGUGCUUAGGAGUGGACAGAAGGCAAAUAGAAGCGUCAGAUGUGCACUUAGAAUGCCAAAAGUCUGUGAGUUUCAGCAUGUGGUCACGAGACCUCUUCAGUGGCAUGCUAUUUUGAAUGUUUUACAGGACACAGGUGCUUUUAACAUGCACAUGUGUCCAUGUUGAGGAUCCCCCAUGUGUACCAAACUGGGGCAAGUAAAUGAAUAUGCAAAGUUGCCAUGAGACAGAGCUUCUCAAAGCCACUUGUAGAAAAUGGAUUCAUAUAGAAGCCGCUUCCAUGUGGUUGCCUUGCACGUUGCUCUGGUAACAACUGAUGAGAAAAACCCUAUGUCAGUUGAAACAUUUGGUUCCUUUUCCUGCUACCAUCACUUUGGGGGGGGGGGCUGAGGAUGUACAUCUAUAUACAAAGGUUACCAAUGCAAGGCCGGACCUGAUCGUCUCAAUGUGUGGCACCCACACAACAGUGGUAGCAUAUUAAUUAGACCUAUGGAUGAUAUAGGCUCUUGUUUCCAACCAGGUCUUUAUAGAUCUCUUGUAGUUUUCUAGCAAUAAGAAUUUAUAGCUACUAACUUAAAAAUUAUGAAUUUGACAGGCAGACAAGUAAUGCUUCUAAAUUUACAGAUAUUUGAAACUUGAGAUUGUAGGAUAGCAUAGUGGAUUUCUGAUUUCACUCACCUGGAAAACUAACUUUGAAUAAUUACAGUAUGGGUUCAAACACAGGGCCGUCUUAUUUUUUUGUGGGGAGUGGGACAGAGGGACCUAUCUUAAUUCAGCAUUGUCUGACCUGAAAUCAGGUUCUCUAUUUCCCCCCCUUCUUUCUCCCCUUCCUGUUGCAAUGGUACAUUGUCAUUUUAUAAAACUGUAUUGAGGAGUCCAACGUAUUGUGUGAUUUGUAAAAUAAGAUUAAAUGAGAUUUUGUGGAAA